AUGCUGCCUCUCAGCCGCGCUGCCGCCGCUGUGCUGCGCACCCGGCCCGUGCAAUCACGAGCCUCCACGCUCUCUCGCGUCGUGAUACCCACGUUGCCGUGCAGGAGGCAUCUCCAUCUCGAAGGGGUCGCCCUUGCCCCUGUCUACUUUGGGGGUCUGUUCGUUGCACUGUGGACAUGGAAGUGUUGCAUGCUUGUGAUAUUCCAGAAUAAGAUUAUCUACAUGCCGGGUAUGCCUCCGAAUGCCCGGUGGGAGAAGAUUGAAGACUACUCCAACCAGUGUGGUGGUAUCAAGUGGCGAGAGGAGAGGACUCGGGCCACUGACGGCACAGACUUGGCCCUCUGUGUUGCCGAUCUUGACAUCGGCCAGCCGCCCAAUGGUUCGGAGACCCAGAAUCCAGACUCAAGCGUCUAUAUUCUCUACUGUCAGGGAAAUGCCUCUUCUACGCCGCCGAGGCUCCCAGACUUAUCGUCGGCUUUGUGUAUGCUGAAGAGACGAUUGCAUGAAGAUGCUCAUACCACAAGGAUUACCUUCGUGUGCCUCAGCUACAGGGGCUACUGGACGUCACGGGGUCGUCCUACUGAAAGAGGGAUCCGACUCGAUGCUGCUGCGGCACUUCAGUGGAUUUCUCACCUUCACGAGAAGUCCACGACCAGAGAUGGCACAGUAUUAGGCUCUUUAGACGCUCCUCGGCCUGCCCAAGUUUUCCUCUGGGGGCAAAGUGUCGGUGCUGGCAUCGCUACGAAUCUCGCAGCUGAGCAUGCCAUGCCAAGCAACUUGCGCCUGAACUCUCUGAUCUUGGAGACGCCAUUUACCUCUAUACGUGCGAUGCUGGAGGUUCUUUAUCCCCAGAAGUGGUUGCCUUACAAGUACCUAUGGCCUUUCCUCCGGAAUCAUCUUGAUAGUUUGACGAAUCUUGGCCUGAUCUCCUCCAAGUACAAGGAUAGCCAGACAUCGCCCCGGAUCCUUAUCCUUGAAGCCGCCAAGGACGAGCUGGUUCCCGCAACACUGAGCCAGAGGCUUCACGACCGGGCUGCUGAAGUUGGUCUUGAUAGCGAGAGAAGGGCCGUCAGUGGAGCAUUCCACAAUGACACGAUGUUCCGAGCUGAAGGCCGGAGAACGGUUUCCGAGUUCAUCGCCCAACGCAUAGAGUGCACUACAUAG